GCGUCUCGGUGAGGAAGCAGGAGGCAAAUUCAAAACACAAGACGGCGUUCAGAUUUAUUGCGUUUAAAAUGCCGUAAAUUUCCUCUUUAGCUCGUCCAGAAAGUGCGGCUAUUAUGUUGCAGCUGUGAUUCGUCCCGUCGCUCAACUGUAGAAGCUCUCACAAUGUCUCAGGCUACACUUUUGGAGGAGGUUGUUCAGUGGAGCCCGGAGAUGUGCCGACAAGAAGUCAAAGUGGUGCUGCCAAAACUAGUCUCCAUGCAUCAUAACACUGAUAGCUGGGAGGAGCACAUCAAUGUUUUCCAAAUUAUCGUCGAUAUGUUCCUUCCUCAUCUACCUCUGGUGGAACUGGAGGAGGAGUGUUUCUCCAAAGUUCUACCUAAAGUGGUGUUGAUGUUCACUGGCUUUUUGGAAGAGACCUCCAAGCAAAUUGGAGGCUUGUCUAGCCAGAACGCAGAGAUUCAAGCAUUCCUCAGGACCAUUUUGCAGAUGAUGGUGCAGACCCUUGAGACCCUGUCCGGAUGUGUACGUCAUGUCUGCUCAUUUGAGGAGGCUGCCUCUCUGGAUUCUAUACGCUCUUUGCCUACCUGUGUUCUCCAGGUCCUAAAGGACACCUUCCAGCAUUGCAAGGAGAGUGAGGUCAUGUACAGUGGGCGACUGUCACUCGUGGGGGAUCUGCUGCAGUGCCUUUUUAAAGAAGCCUACUCUCUACAGAAAGGCUUGAUGGAGCUGCUGGAAAAGAUCAACCUGGAGAAUAGUGCCUCCAGAGAAGAAAUAUCUGAUCUAGUGACAGUGAUUCACAGUCUGCUGGACAUAUGCUCAGUCAUAUCCACCCUGGACAUUGCCCUGUAUGCCAACACAUGGAAAUUCAUCAUCAAGCAGAGCGUGAAGCAUCAGUCUGUGGUGGAGGAGCACUUGCGGCACACUGACAUUGCUUCCUCUUUGUGUGAGGGUCUGCUGGCGUCCGUAUGCAGCUCUCUGGAGCUAGCGGAGCAGGUGCAGCAGACAGGUCUGCAGGAGGUAGUGCAGUGUGCUGAAUACAAGCUUUUCCAGAAGACCACGAAGAUGUCCAGGUUUUUCGCGAACACACUGGUUCACUAUAUAAAGGAAUUCAAGCCAUUCCUUUCAAAGUCCUGUACCCAUUUUUACCAGCUUUGCCUUCAGGUCCUCAGUAAAUUUCCCCCGAGCCUCACUGCCCCGUCUGUGCCCCCAGGCCUGGGUGAGGAGCUGAGGGCAGCUGUGCUGGUUCCCAUGGAUGCUGUGCUGACCCAGCUCUUAACACUGAGAUCUUUUGCUGAGUGCGUUUUGACCCCGACUCGGAAUUGCCGUCCGGAGCUCACUCUACCUCAGUGUCUGCUGCUGGUGGACGUUCUGGGAAAGCUCUUCUCUCAGCCAGAGGACACACUGUGCCUGUGGUGUGACGGCAGUCAGUUUUCAGAGGAAACACCAAGGCUGUCUAUCUUUGAAGCAGUGUUUCUGAGUUUUCGCCAUUGCCCGCUGGAGCGGGCCAUGCCAGUGCGGUUGCCGGGGGUGAUGCUACAAGGCCAGGCUCAGGUUAAGGUCAGCCUGCACCAACAUGUUUGCGUGCACCUGUGUGGCUGUGUGGCAGCACUGCCUGCUCAACACUUCCCCCCACUGGAACGCGCCCUGUUAGGCGCUGUGCUUCAGUCGGACACGCAGACGGCUCUCUUGGCCACAGACGUCUGGUGCUUCCUGGCACGGUACGGCACAGCUGAGUUGUGUUUGCACCACGUUAUCAUCAUAGCUCACCUGAUAAAGUCAUGUCCAAAUGAGGGCUAUCGGCUGACCCACCUGGGUCUUCUGCUGAGGCGCCUGCUCUUCCUUAUGACUCCGAAUCACCAGAUGGAGUUCGUCAAGCGCUUCGCUCCCUCUGAGGAGGACAACCUUUGUGUGUGGCGUUUGAUUCUGCUGAGGAGUCUUUGUUCCGAGGUGCGUCUGCAUGUGGAGAGAGAGGUGAUGAGCAGAGCUAGAUCAGCGCUGGAUGCCUGGCAGGGCUCAGGCUCCCGGCUGGGGAGCAUGAACACUCUGAACAAGGCACUGGGCUCUGUGCUGGUGGUGGUCCGAGGGGAGCCCCUGCAGGCUGAAUGUUUGGCUUCUUCACUGAAGGUUAUUCAUCAUCUGUGGAGUCUCAUGUGUGCUAACCAGGUUCAGGUCCAUCCCUCUCUUCAGGACACCCUGAGGCUGCUUCUCUCAAUUUCAGCCAACUUCAUUAAAAAUAUAGAACCACAAGCCAUAAUUCAGGCAUUUUCCUGUCUGAGUGGCCUGCAUCUCCAGCAGUGCCCUGAUGACCUGGUUCUUGCUGCUUUGGAGUUUCUGGCCUCAAUGGGGAAGGUUUUCAUUCCCUCUGAUAUUCAGUCUCAGGUGCUGCCUAGACUCAGUUCUCUGUUCAGCACUCUAUUGGCUCACGAAUCCUGGCUAAUCGGUCAGCAUGCCCUGGAGGCCUUCGCCAUCUUUGCUGAGGUCACCAAUCACGAGGAGGUCAUCUCUCAAAGCCUGAUGUCAGAGGAGACAAAGAAUAAAGUGGUGAAUUUCCUCAGUAAGACGGUCUCAGCGCAGGAGGCUGAAAAGGCCCGUGUGGAGAGGAUGAGAGUAGAAGCAAGUACAAUAAAAAAGCACAGUGAAGGACUGGAGACAGAGCAAAAGACGCCUGUACAAACACCUGCUGUGGAGGAGAAGUUAACACAGAAAGUUGCAACAACACCUGGGAACGUUGGCUGUGAUGCACAGCUAUUUGGCGUGUUCAGUGUGCCGUCCCUGGUGCUGAAGGCGCAGGAUCCAGUUGUUAAGAACCCGCAUGAGAAUCUCUGGAGAAAUGCUGUCACAAGCCUCCACGAUGCGGUGCUGAAGGCGGUGUUUGUUGCGGAUUUUCUCAGCAUACGCAGUUUUGUUUGAGAUGACCCCAGAUAU